UUGGAGGUCUUGGUACUGUGUUGUGGCACUGGGGGUCCCCCAGUAGCAGUCCACAGGUAACAACAGAGGUUAUGGCAGCUUUCCACUGGGAAAUCUAGCCUGCAAAAGAUACCUUUGAGGUGAGAUGCAAGACACGUGGAGAGGAAGGAGCCACUAGAUCAGAUUAAAGUGGGGAGGAGAAAACCAAACCCAGAAGCAUCACUGACCGGGUAGAUUUUUCAAUAUGAAUCGUGCUUUUAGCAGGAAGAAAGACAAAACAUGGAUGCACACUCCUGAAGCCUUAUCAAAGCAUUAUAUUCCCUAUAAUGCAAAGUUUCUAGGCAGUACAGAAGUGGAGCAGCCCAAAGGCACAGAAGUUGUAAGAGAUGCUGUUAGAAAAUUAAAGUUUGCAAGACAUAUCAAGAAAUCUGAAGGCCAGAAGACACCCAAAGUUGAGUUACAAAUCUCAAUCUAUGGUGUAAAAAUUCUAGAUCCAAAAACAAAGGAGGUCCAGCACAACUGUCAGCUGCACAGGAUAUCCUUUUGUGCUGAUGACAAAACUGACAAGAGAAUAUUCACUUUCAUCUGCAAAGACUCAGAAUCCAAUAAGCACCUGUGCUAUGUGUUUGACAGUGAGAAGUGUGCGGAAGAGAUAACUUUAACAAUUGGUCAAGCAUUUGACUUAGCUUACAGGAAAUUUCUGGAAUCCGGAGGAAAAGAUGUUGAAACAAGGAAACAAAUUGCUGGUUUACAGAAAAGAAUUCAAGAAUUAGAAACUGAAAAUGCAGAACUGAAAAAUAAAGUUCAAGAUUUGGAAAACCAGUUAAGAAUAACACAAGUACAUGCAUCUCCACUGCUGCACAUAAAGUGUGAUAAUGAUGAACAUAUGUUUCAAAGACCCUCUACUUUUUUCUGGUGUAACAAUGAGGAUUCACCUCCUUGUUUAGAUAUCUCUUCCAUUACGCUUACUCCUAGGAGUUCUCCUGACUCUAGACUACCACCUGGAUUGUUAAUACCACCACCUUCAAAAAGUGGUCUUCCAAAGCCUGCCAGUGAAUACAGCUGCCCAAGACCUCGUGCAGGCAGUGUGACACCUAAAUCACCCUCCACUGACAUCUUUGAUAUGGUUCCCUUUUCUCCCAUAUCCCCUCAGUCAACAACACCUACUCGCAAUGGUACACAGCCUCCUCCAGUACCCAGUAGAUCUACAGAGAUCAAGAGAGACCUUUUUGGAGCAGAACCUUUUGACCCUUUUAGCUGUGGAGCAGGAGAUUUCCCUCCAGACAUUCAGUCCAAACUAGACGAGAUGCAGGAGGGGUUCAAAAUGGGAUUAACUCUUGAAGGCACAGUAUUCUGUCUUGACCCACUAGACAGCAGGUGCUGAUGCCAAGAAAGUCAAUGUGAAUUUCCUCCACAGUGGGUUUUUUUUAUUUCUGAACACAUACUCACAGAUACUAUCCAUGUGCCAAAAAUUGCUUUUUUCAACAUGUAAACUCUUGUGAGGCUUGCUUCUGUAAAAAUUCAACUUAUUUCCAGUCUUUCCCUGUACAAAUGUAAAAAGUUGUAUUUGUUUAUGGAUUAUGGAUUAAAUUACGCUGUUGUGUUUCUUUCUGUCACAUUUUGGCCCGAGUUUACUAUGCUUUAUGACUAUUAGCUUGGAGAAGUUCUUCAGAAGGUCACUCAUACCUCUCUCUCUGUCUCUCUCUGCAAAUGUGCAGGCAUGAAUUCUACAUAAUACUUUACCUGGCAGCAUUUUGAAAUUAUGCUUUUAAGGUAUUAUUUAAUAUUCAAGCAGUAAAAUUAUUAAUAUCUGCUACAAAAAUUUCAAUUUGCAGUGAGAAAAGCAUAAAAUACUAACCAUUACUAUAUGCUUCAAAAGUAAAUCUGGAUGCAGUGUGGUUGAUUUCCAUCACCGUGUGUGGUUACUGUCCCGUACAUAUGUUGUCAUUGGCUUAUUCAAUCCAGAUUUUAGGUCCUUCAUUCAUGUUUUAGAAACUAACAAGUUGUUAGUCUGCUAAUUAGUGCUUAAUGAGCCUAGAAGAACUGCUAAAUUGCAGAAUGGCCAAGCAACCAGCCUUUGUUUUGAUAUUUUAUAGCUGAAGUGUAAAGUAUGUAACUUGGAGUCCAUUACAUGCUAGCCAUAACUUAAAAGGAAGAUUAUGGUCCUGCAUUUGCUUAGGAACUUAUGUAAUUUUGUGUAUAAGCAGGCACCGGGCUCACUUCUGUAAUUACUUUCAACACCUGAGUGUUUACAGCCAGGCUCUGUUGAGUAUAAUUCUUUUACUCUCUUCUUUAGUGUUCCAUGUCUUUAAUUUUGAGGCUUUCUGCAGAGAAACAAUUGUAAGUAAGUCCUUUGUACCCACUGGUUGUUCAUGUUACAGAAAUACCUGCACUCCAAAAUUCUCAGCUGCUGGUGAGAUUAAUGCUGACAUGUCUAUGCAUACUCUUCAUCAAUCUUUCUCAUAAGCAAUAAAACACCAUCUUAAACCUAUCUCAGAAAAUUAUCAUUAUGAGUUCAAUUCAAAAACUUUCCAACCUCUUGUAAUUUCCCUUCAAAACAUAAAAACGUGGAAACCCCCCUGCCAAAAUUUUCAGAUUAUUUUUAAUGAGAGGCUUUUUGCUGACACUUAUAGUUUUCUCCUUAACAGUCACAGUUUACACCAAAACCAUAUUUUUCAAUUUCAUCACGAGUAUUUUUAUGCCUUGUUCAACAAAGUACUUGUGCAUGUGCCUUUGGAGUCCUCUAAAAGAAUGGGAUUAUUCCUUUGCUGGGUUUGACACAUCCUCAGGUACCUUGCUGAAUUGGGGCCUUAACAUCCCACAUUACAUUUGUCUUCCUCUCUCUCAUUCUGAGUUCAUCAUUCAUAUAGAGUAUUAUAGAGAAAUAUAUAUAAAAAUAUAUUAAAUCACUAACAAAUAGAAUAGUAUAUGUUUCAUAAAGAAAAGUCUUUAUAAUUUUGUUUGUCAUAUAGUAUUUUCGAAUUUGUAUAAUGAGGAUGUUUAGUAGCCAUAGCAAUGGCCUUUUUUAACAAAUAGAAUUUGUAUUUUUAUUGUACUUUAAAAAGCUUUACAUAAUAAGCAUCUAUUUAGUGGUCAUUUAUUAUCAAUGGUAACACUAAGAUAAUAUUUGCACAUUUUAAGAAACCUUUUUCGUUACUGAUUUUUAUGAUAGUUGACUGCAAAUGGCAUGGUUAAAUCUUAUAUACCUGGUCAAUACAUACAAAAAUACUUAAAUCAACACAGCAGUGCAUUUUUAAUUUUUAUGUGAUCCAAUUGGAAACUGUAUUUCUAUGUAAUCUCAAAUGUCUGUUUAAUUUUGCCUAAAAUAAAUGUUUUUAAAUAAA